UAGCCGUUUCGUUCUUUAAUUUGAGCUCAGCAGCCGCGAGGUUCGUUGUUUAAAGCUGGGAAACUGUUGUUGCUUUCCAACGUAAGGAAAGGGAUCAACACGAAUUUCAAAAUCUGGCAACAUCCACCUUUCUCUAGGCUGGAUUUUAAACCGUGAAACUUCGAAGUUUUUCUUUUAGAUUUUAUUUUUGUUUAGAAAACCUAAAAUAUGGGAGCUCAGUUGUCCAAGGGUGGAGUAGCUGUUGAGGCGAAAGCCGACGCCGACCCGGCUGUCGCUAAAACAAAUGGCCAGGAGAACGGCCAUGUUAAAACCAAUGGAGAUGUCUCUGCCAAGCCCGAUGGGGAUGCUGCCGCCGUAGACGGGAAUGGCCCAGCCGAGCCAGCCAAAGAGGGUGAGAUUGGUGCUGGCGACGCCAUCGAGGCUGCCCCUGCUGCUGAAGGAGAUGCGGUCAAGGCCGAAGGGGAGGCCGCCAAGGAUGCCAAGAAAAAGAAGAAAUUCUCCCUGAAGAACUCCUUCAAGUUCAAGGGUAUCUCGCUGAAGAAGACCAAGAAGAACAGUGAGGAGGGCAAGGAGGCUGCCGCCUCCCCCACGGCGGAGGACAAGCCAGAAGAGAAUGGCCACGCAGCCAAGGAGACCAAAGAGGAGACGCUGGCCGCCGAGGCUGUGGCAGAGGCCAAGGAGGAGGCCACUCCAGCCCCAGAAAGCGAGGCCGCAGCAGAGGAGGCCCCUCCCUCUGAGGCCACCACCGCAGAGGUCACGACACCCGCAGCAUCCGAGGCCGAGCCCAAGGCAGAGUGACCGCGCCCACCACGGCUACUUGAACGUUUCCCCCCAGAUUAAAGUAUAUAUAUAUAUAUAUAUGACUCGUGCCACGUUCUUAACUUUAUAAACAAAACUACAAACGAAGACAAAUGAAGAAGGAUAUAUCACGUUUGCUCAUUCAGCCACCAGUUCACUGCCUUUAUCAUUUCUCUACUGAUGGAAUCUCACCGGCCCUCUCAUGAUGAAACUGUUGGCUUACGGUGCCCCCUCAUGGUACUUACUGGAACUGGUGUGUGGGGGAAGGUAUUGGAUGUAGAACGAAUCUGGAAUACUGACUUAUUUUCCCAAUUCAUGGAGACAUCCUUUUAACAGCGUGGCAGCCCUAUAACAUUUUAAUUUUUAAUAUAUCUUGGGAUCUAAUAAUCGACAACGGUUAUGGAGCAGUGCAGACCAUCUCCAUCACUCAAAAAUGACUGUUAUAUGGACAAACCUUUCAAAUGGUCAUAUUAACUUCUAGAAUUCUACAUUCCUAUGUUUUACCCCCAAAUUUCAAGUAUUUUGUGCUGUAUAGAAAAACUAAAUUAAAGCAGGGGAGGUGGAAAAGGCGAUGUCUUUGUUUGUGCAUUUUGAUUAUUUUCUGGCUAAAACCACAUUUGAGCUUUCUGAGUCUUGCAGUGUUCACAUUUCAGAGUUUAUGAUGCAGGGGUUGUGGGGUCGUACAAAAAUCUGCUUUUUAUAUGCAAUUUGUCUCUGUAAAUAUUUUUGGUUAUUUUAUUUUGCUAUCGUUUAAAGAUGUUAAUGGUUUUAUUGUAACUUUUAAUAAGGGUAAAUAAAUGUUUGAUCCCCUCUGA